UUUUUGGGAACCAAAGCACUCCUUGCCAACACCUUUGACACAGUUCCCCUGUCACCCAAAUGUAGCCACCGAACACCGUAACAAUACCAGAAAAGACACAGAGUUCCAGUGUUCCCGAGUUCCACAGUUGCACAGUUCCAGAGAUGCCGCUGGCCAAGAAGGGACAUCUUAAAAAACACAAGUGGCCGGCCGCCGAUGCCGUCGUCGAGGACUUGAAGAAGGUCGUCACCGUUCUUAUCGAGACUGAUAUCAAGAAGCCCAAGAAGAUCAAGUCCAAGGGCAAGCUGAAGGGCAAAACCAAGUCCAAGGUCAAGGGCAAAUCAAAAGGCAAGUCCAAGGACAUUGCCGCUCCGGCUCCGGAGGGUAAUGAGAUGACUGGAGGCCCCUUCAGUCCGUCGCGAGCGGAGCGGGGCAGCGGGGACGGGCCGCACCAGGCGCGAUCCCAACCCAGUCUGGUGGCUUUGCACUUCCUGGACAUCUCGCUCCGCCAUUCGGACGUCCAGUUGCUGCAGUCCUCGAGCGAAGGCGUCAACGAGCGGCUGGUGGCCUUCUACUACACGUACUUGCAGCAGCGUCGCUACCGCACCGAGACGGAUCUGAUGUUCCUGCCACCGGCUCUGACGGCCCGGUUGGGGCACAUGGAUAUGCGGGAACUGAGGCACACUGUCAGGGAUCGACGCCUCCACGAGAAGCCCUUUAUUCUGCUACCAUUGUCCACCCAUCCAAGACCCCAUGGACAUUGGUCCUUGUUAUUGGUUUCCCGGCCGGAUGGAAAAUUCUUUCAUUAUGAUUCCCAGGACAAUUGCCAUAGCAAGCUGGCGGGCGCUGUGGCGGAAACUUUGCGAGCACCCCUCGGAGCCUGGGACUUUGUGGUCGUUACCGGGCGCUGUUUACAGCAACAGCCCCAACAGCACGGUGACCCCCAAUCGGGUAUCCAUCUCUUCUGUAUGUCCGAUCAUGUGGCCGAUUAUGUGACCCGGUGUGGCUAUGCCACCAGUUCCCUACUGAUCGCCUGGGAACAGAUCACCGCCAUGCGGACCAGUCUGCUGCAGUUGAUCCAAUCUCUAGGAGGCAUCCUGCCCCCCAAGAAGGGUCACUAAAUAUGCCCAUUAACGAGGCGGUCUUUUACAAUUUAUUUUCAUUCUAUUACUUGUUUUAAUUUUUAAUGCAUAGAGAAGCAAAUAAAAAUAAAGGUAUUAC